UUUGGAUCAUGUACCGCAUGAAGCUGGGUUUGUAACAGAUUCCCCUCACGGGUAAUUCAUGAGAACAGAACCAUGCAGCACUUCUAUGAUUUGAAGUCCAGUCUGUGGAACUCCACCUCCAGAUCUGAGCAGAUACAGUGCAACGCUUUCAACCGCUUCCCGUCAUUCAAUCUAAACCUCCGUCGUCCUGGACGCUCCAACCACACCACACCGGCCAACAACAUUGAGCUUGUCACCCCAAAGGUCAAAGAAUGCACUCAAAAUGUCACAGAAAAAGUUACACAGGUACUGUCUCUAGGUGCCGAUGUUUUGCCUGAGUACAAGCUCCAAGCUCCAGACAUUCAUAAGUGGAUCGUGUUGCACUACAGUCCCUUCAAAGCCAUGUGGGACUGGAUCAUUCUUCUGCUAGUGCUCUACACAGCCAUCUUCACACCCUACUCAGCCGCCUUCCUCCUCAAUGAGCCGGAAGAAGGGAGGAGACCCCCGUGUGGUUUCGCUUGUAACCCUCUCAAUUUAGUAGACGUGAUAGUGGACGUUCUGUUCAUCAUAGACAUCCUGAUCAAUUUCAGGACCACGUACGUAAAUCGCAACGAUGAAGUGGUGACCCAUCCCAAACGCAUCGCCGUCCACUAUAUUAAAGGCUGGUUUCUCAUCGACAUGGUGGCCGCUGUUCCUUUUGACAUGCUCAUCUUCAGAUCUGGGUCAGAUGAGACGACAGCCACUAUCAUUGGCCUGCUGAAGACAGCCCGGCUGCUGCGAUUGGUCCGUGUGGCCCGGAAAUUGGAUCGAUACUCUGAGUAUGGAGCUGCAGUUUUAUUCUUGCUCAUGUGUACCUUUGUGCUUAUCGCUCAUUGGCUGGCCUGUAUCUUGUACGCCAUUGGCCACGUGGAGAGGCCUUACAUGAAGACGGGUUGGUUGGAUAAUCUGGCCGAUCAGCUGGGAAAGCAUUAUAAUGACAGUGAUGCCAGCUCCGGACCCUCCACUCAGGAUAAAUACAUCUCCGCGCUCUAUUUCACCUUCAGCAGUCUCACCAGUGUCGGAUUUGGGAACCUCUCUCCUAACACCAACUCUGAGAAGAUUUUCUCUAUCUGCGUCAUGCUCAUUGGCUCCCUCAUGUAUGCCAGCAUAUUUGGGAAUGUCUCAGCAAUAAUUCAGAGGCUUUAUUCGGGAACGGCGCGCUAUCAUACGCAGUUGCUCCGAGUUAAAGAGUUCAUCCGCUUCCAUCGGAUACCUGGAGAUCUGAGACAGAGACUGGAGGAAUAUUUCCAGCGUGCGUGGUCCUACACAAACGGCAUUGAUAUGAAUGCAGUCUUGAGAGGUUUUCCAGAAUGUUUGCAAGCUGACAUUUGCCUGCAUCUCAAGCGCAGUCUUCUGCAGAACUGCAGAGUGUUUCGCGGGGCAAGUAAAGCGUGUCUCAGAGCUCUCGCCAAGCACUUUAAAACCACCCACUACCCACCUGGAGACACCCUCUAUCACCACGGCGAUAUGCUCAAAGCCCUCCACUUCAUCUCUCGUGGAAGCAUUCAGGUGUCACGUCAUAACAUAGUGCUUGCCAUACUGGGAAAGAAUGAUAUAUUUGGCGAGCCCAUAAACCUGUGGGCGGACCCUGGUCACUGCAAUGCCGAUGUUACGGCGCUCACCUACUGUGACCUUCACAGUAUCCGAAGAGAUGACCUCCUGGAGGUGCUGGACAUGUAUCCAGCCUUUGGCGAGAGCUUCUGGAGGAACCUAGAAAUCACAUUCAACCUACGAGACAUGAUCCAAAUGCUGCCCAGUGAAAACUCAGCUCGCGGUUACCAUGCAAACCGGGUACGACACCGCAAAAACUCGCUGGACAGGCGCAACAGGCCAGAUGGAAUGGAUCAGAGCGACCCCUCUGGGAUGUGUUGGACACUGGGUCAUCAUCAUAUACCAGUCACUCAUGCGCACUGGGAGGAGAUGUGCAGCUGCGGUAGCUCCAGGUCCAGUCUUAACAGUGAGCUGUGCUCCUCUGAAGCCGAACAUCUGGACUUUCCCUCUCCUGCGGUCAGACUCAUACCACCAUGCGAUGCUUCUGGGGUCAGCGCAGUGUCUGGCAUGGACAGGGUGCACUUUGCCCAUCCGUCCGGGUUGUAUCAUUGCUGGCUUGAUCAUCAGUCAGCUCAAUAUCCUGAAGAGUCUCGACACAUCUCUUGUGUUCCUCUUUGUUCAGAUCAUCAACACAGCGAACUUGAGUCCAGACUGGAGCCGAGUCAGCUUAACAGACUUGAGACAAGAAUGACAGCAGACAUCAAUGUGAUCCUCCAGCUCCUUCGGCGACAAAUUCCCUCCGUGCGUCCAGCGUACAGUCACACUCCUGACCCCGCCACGCUGUAUGGAAGCAGUACACCAGUACUUCACACUUUGUACCCUAUGUCAAACAUUCAACUAGACUGUAGAACCACCACCAUACAGACUCCAGCCCAGCCAGACUCCAUCUUCAGGUCAAACUCUCAGGGUUCUCUGUCCAGUGGUAUUCACAUGGGAGCUGCAUCAGAUGACUGUUUACCUGCCAAACUAGAAAGCAAACCCAUGGCAGCCCCGAGUCUUCAGCCUAACAUAAGCGGUGCAUCCCUCCGGUUUCUUUCUUUGCCUGUCAGCCUGGACACUUCACACCCGAAAGGAAUUCAAAAACACACGUCUGACCCUGCCUUACCGGUCAGCUGAAACCCUCAACACACCAUUUACAGUCAUCUGCAGAAAGAAGCAAUAGUGGAGCCUGACAUGAGAUCAUCUGGAUAUAAAGCAUUAAAGGACAGAAUCCAAAAAGCAUGGAAGGCGUCUCAACGUUAAGAUCUGGAAAUUCAGUCAUCAACUAAUCAUUCCGUCACGCCUUGAGAGUCAGAGAAAACAACGAGAGAUAAACACAGAACGAAUAACCUUUCGAAAGACUUCAAUGAACUCAUGUACUUCUGCACACGAGCCUGUAUCAUUACACAAACUACAACAAGUACGCGAU